AUGGAUAUCCAAAAGUUUCCAUCCAUUAUAAUUCUUUCAACUUUCCUUAUAUUUCUGUUCAUGGUGGUGAAGAGGGUGAGAUCAAAACCCUUAAGUUCUAACUUAAAAUUGCCUCCAGGUCCAUGGAAACUUCCUCUUAUUGGUAAUUUGCACAACAUGUUAGGCCUAGUGCCAGUAGCGCAUCGUACACUCGCAAAUUUAGUCAAGAAAUAUGGACCCCUGAUGCAGUUGCAACUUGGUGAAGUUCCUAUACUUGUUGUUUCUUCCCCAACUGUCGCCAAACAGAUUGUGAAGAACCAUGACUUCAUUUUCGCAGACAUGCCCGAAUUCUAUGCUGGGAAAAUAUUGUUUUAUAAUUCUACUGAUCUUGCGGUCUCUCGAUAUGGUGAUUACUGGAGGGACAUGCGUAAGAAUUUCGUCAUGUAUUUAUUAAGUGCUAAACAUAUGCAAUUGUUCCGACCACUAAGAGAGGAAGAGGUAUCGAAUAUGAUCAAAACCCUUUCUUUACAAGCCGGUGCACCUGUCAACCUAAGUAAACGAGUUACAUCCAUGUUCAGCACUAUCACUUCAAGAGCAGCAUUCCGUGAUAGCAGCAAAGUUAGCGAAGAUGACAUUUCGAUGAUUGGUGAAUCACUUACUUCGAAUGUUGCGCUUACAUCGAGAAACCGACAAGUUUUUAGAGGGUAUUAUCCAAGAUCAUAA